UACUAAAAUUCAACCAUGGUUUCCAUUACCAUCAAAUCUUAUCAAUAAGGGUGAAGAAUGGAUACCAGAAGUUCAACUAAAUGCAAUAAGAUAUGAUUCACCGGAAGUAUGUGAUUUAAAACGAUCUGGUAUUGGUAAAGUUCCAUGUUUAAGCUAUUUUGAAACAGAAGAUAGACCAGUUAAAACUAUUCAUGCACGUGCUGCUGCCGCAGGUGGUUACGAUAGUGAUGUGCAAGUAUAA